GCUUCUCUCCCUGCCACAGCAGACAGAACAAACAGCCGUCUCUCCCCUGGCUCCCUCUGCUCCUGGAGAAGAAGCCCAAGAGGAGCUAAUUGAGGCGGACGCGCUCCAGUUUCCAUCACUGGUCACACUAGAGCCUGAAUAUCCUGAGCCCGUGCUUCUAGAGAGAGAGCAGGAGCAGAUUGCUUCAACAGAGAUGCCAUGGCAGACUCAGGGAGAGCUGUUCCCAGCCCGAGAGCAGGAAGAGCAGCUCGGGCAGCAGGUGGAAGAGCCACAGGAGAAAGGCCAGAUCAUCAAGGCAGAGCCACAAGCAGAGCUGCCCGAAGCUCAGAGUGCCAUCAUGGAUGUGAAGAGAAAGAGCAAGGAAGACUUGAUAAGUAUUCAAGAGGAGAAUCUCCAGCAGCAGAGGGGCGAUCAACAAAUCCAGGUGAGUGAAAGAGUGGCAGGCACUCCACCCAUGAAACAUCCUCUCUCUUUUUUUUUAGAGAAGAUUAAGGCACAGCUGAACACAGAGCUUCAGACAGCUCAAACUCGGAUGAAGGCAAGGCUGAAGAGGCUGGAGGAUGAAAUAAAAAUCAUCAGAGAGAAACUUAAUCCCCUCCCUCAGGCUCUACAAAAGCAAGAGCGAGUUUUGACAUCUGACUGGACAGCCUGUGAAGAUUACCAGCGAAUGUCUGCCACUGAAGAGCCCCAGAUCUACACAAGCUCUUUCACCAAACCUGCUGCAGCAGCAGCAGCAUCGUCUAAAGGAGCCUUUUCUCCCCGGCCUGAGAAGUGGAGCCAGGGCAGUUUGUUCACCUCCCGCACUGACCCAGCUGCUGCUCAGCAACAGGAGGUCGAGGGUGACUCUCUGGAGCUACUGAGGAAAAUAGUAAACAAGGAAAAUCCCAGGAUGAAAUACACAAGACUGGACUAUAUUGGCAGUGGGUGGCCAUAAAGAAAAUAAAUCUAAAAGGACUGAGGAAGAAGAAAUUAAAAGUCAAUGAACUCAUGGUCAUGAAAAUUAAUAGGAAUCCCAACCUGGUCAACUAUUUAGACAGCUACCUUGUGGGUGAUGAACUCUGGCUAGUAAUGGAGUUCAUGGAUGGAGGCACUCUGAGCGACAUCAUCAGCAAGACUCGCCUGUCUGAAGACCAGAUGGCAGCCAUCUGU